CUCUCUGUUCCGUCCCAUUAAUAAAUAAAUUAUAGCUCACCUCCAUCCCUCCCAUGCCAUCUAUUUAUCUUAGAGUAAUCUACUUAUAUAUUAUAUAAAUUAAAAAUAUACUACAGGUAUUGAUUUAGCUUAUCAUGCCUCAUUUAUUUUCUUUCAUCUAAGACCCAAUUUAUCAAUUCUCAUCUACCCGCCUCGAUUCCUCUUCUUCUCUUGAAAACAAGCCAAACCACCAGUAGAUCCAUGGAGGGUGUUUCUACCGCUAUGUACACUAAGGUCAGACGCUAUUGGAGGAGGAGAGGCUACGAGAGGUUAAAUGAAUCGACCCGGAGACGACAGAACACGGUGGAGUUGGGUUCAACCCUCCAGAAAAAGAGGAGGGUAUGGCGGAUCAAGAUCAAACCUAAGCUUAAAAUCUUUAAAAUGUCUUCUCCUAGAAAGUUCUUCGUUUGGCUUCGCGACGCUUACGUUAAGAUGAUGAUGGGAUUUGCUAACUCGCGCGUGAUUGGAGCUGGAUACGGUGGCGGAGCAGGGGAUGGCCUUGCUACUUUUGGAAAACGGCCAGUCAAAGAGUAUGAUGAGAGGAUGAUCAUUGAGAUCUACAAGUCGUUAAUGAUGGCGCAGGGUCAGUUGGUGGCCCGCGAAGCACCCAGGUUUGGCUCCGUGCCUAGACUUCCUGCUAUAGUAGAAUCAUAAUUAGUGUUGUUAAUUACAGUAUAUUUAUGAGCAAAUAAAUUGGGGUCAAAAAUUGCCGCAAGGAAUUAAUGUUCUGUUUUUUUUUUUUUUUUUUUUCAACAUUCAGUUCUCAAAUAGAAUUGUAAUUCUAGCAAGCAAUUAGAAUCUUCAUCUUGGCAGUAAGCAGCUUUUAAGAUUUUUCAAAUAAAAAAAAAAAAAAAUCCUCAGAUAGAAUCAUA